GCGCAUUUCCUGCCCGUCCUAGUGGCUGAAACUCGCGAUGACCGUCGUGAUCCCUAAUUCGUUCCUUCUGGUUUAGGUGCUGUUCUUCGGUCUAACGACGAGAAUAUACGAGUUGCACCACCGACCGAUAUUUUCUGUCCUAGUUGUCAGGAUGUGCAAAUCUACGCGGUCAAACCAUUUCAGGCUAACAGAUAGCCGUGAUGUACAGCAUAACUCCACCGCUCCUGCUCUCACGCAUCGGUCGGUCCGUCGCGCAUAGAGCAUUCCAAGCCGGCUCCCCGCGUGGAUAGAACAUCCAGGGCUUGAAUAGCCCGCCUGUUCAUAGUCAUUUCUCCACAAUACAGCACAGCCGGAUCCUCUAUUUUGCCCUUUACUGUUCCUGUUUCGCGAACAGGAGCAGCAGAUUCUCUAUCAAGUGAACGCAACUGAAGAACUUAUACAGACCACUUGCGAGAGUCGGGUCACCCAGUCUGAGGCCUGCGCCUGACCUCCUCUCCGGGUAGUCGCUGCGUACUCACGGCCCAAUUUGUGAACUAUUAUACAAGGCUCUGGGGUGAAGGGGGACCAAGCGGCUACAUUCCAUAGCUGCAGCCAACUGCGUCUUGCCGGCCGUGCCAACGGCGAGAUCCUUCAGCUGCGAGAGGAACAUCGUCAGGCCACUCUAGCUGCGGUGAUUUCCGUAGGAAACGGAAGGAGAAGAGGAGAGGAGGCCAGAGGAGGAGAGGGGACGGAAGAGGUAGGGAGCGGAGAGAAAGGGAGAAGAGGGAAGCAGAGGGGAAAGGAGAAGUGAAUUGAGGAGGGAAGAGGAGCAGAGCGGAGUGGAAGAUUGGUUGGGUUGCGUUCUGUGGGAGGUAGGAAGGUGCAUGGGGAAUUGCUGCUGCUGUGGAACGCGGGAUGGCGGUAUCUUCACAGGCAACGCGAGGAGGCGGAGCAAGAGAACAACUCAAACCGUUGACGCAACUCAAACAGCCGUGCCAGCAUGGCCGCAGAAGGACGCUGAGCCGAACGGCUCCAGCAAGGCGCCAGGGCGGCCUGGCGUGGCACCGUUACCCUGCAGCUAUCCCACGGCCGUGCUCCCCCCGGGCGUGCCUGGUGAUUCCGCGCUAGCCGUCUUCUCUUACAGCGAUCUGCGGGCAGCCACGGAAGGGUUUCGCUCCGAUAAUAGACUGGGCGAGGGCGGGUUCGGUAUUGUGUACAAGGGGUGGGUGUGCAUGAGACCUGGCGCGCGGCCGGAGGAAGUUGCUGUGAAGGUUCUGAACCACGAGGGCCUUCAGGGACACAAGGAGUGGCUGGCGGAGGUGAAUUUCCUGGGGCAGGUAUACCACCCACACCUGGUGCGGCUGAUAGGGUACUGCGCGGAGGCGGAGCAGCGGCUGCUGGUGUACGAGUUCAUGUGCAAUGGCAGCCUCGAAGUGCACCUCUUCCGACAGCACUUGACAGUGCUGCCAUGGAGCACGCGCAUGAAGAUUGCGCUGGGCGCAGCGAGGGGCCUGGCGUACCUGCACGAGGAGGCCACGCGCCCCAUCAUCUACCGCGACUUCAAGACCUCCAAUAUCCUGCUCGCCGAGGACUUUUCAGCGAAGCUAUCCGACUUUGGGCUGGCCAAGGAUGGGCCGGAGAGCGGCAAGACCCACGUCUCCACGCGCGUCAUGGGCACCUACGGCUAUGCUGCUCCCGAAUACGUCAUGACCGGCCAUCUGACUCUGAAGAGCGACGUGUACAGCUACGGGGUGGUGCUCCUGGAGAUGAUCACGGGGCGGCGCUCCAUGGACAAGUCGCUCCCCCCAGAGGAGCACAGCCUCGUGGACUGGGCACGCCCCUUCCUCUCGGACCGCCGCAAGGUGUUUCGCCUGCUGGACUCGCGCCUGGACGGCAUGUACUCGGUGAAAGGCGCGCAGCACGCCAUGGCCCUCGCGCAGAGCUGCCUGAACAGGGACCCGAAGACGCGGCCGGUUAUGAGCGAUGCGGUGAAGAUACUCGAGGCGCUGCAGGACUUGGAUGAUAUGGCGGCGUAUGGUGGGGGAGGGGGUUCGGGAAGGGGUGGAGGAGGGGGAGGGCUCUCGCCGAGUUCGCCAGGUGGGUCGGAUGGUGGGGGGGUUGGAGGCGGAGCGGGUGCACGGGGUGAUGCUCCGUGGCAGCAGCAGGGAGGGUAUUACCAGUAGUGGUUGUUGUGGAAGGGGGGAUGUGAAUGGGAUGGGCAAGGAGCGGACAAUUUCAGAGAAAGGAUGACUAAUGACGCACAAGGUGAAGCUGAGUGGAACACGUGGGCAUGGCAAUGGCAGAGGAGGAAACCUAGCUACAUAGUCCACAUAUUAAUUCGUCCAGCUGCUUGUACGUAGGAGUGUGCUCUAUUGUUUCUAGGUACAUGGUAGCCUGGCAGAUAGCUGCUGGCAUAGCAGUGGCCAUCAAUUUCCCCUUGCAAUUUCUAUCAUAUAUAAUUCUCGCAUGAAAUGCUGUGGUACUCUUGAAUGGUCCCAAUUG